GAAUUGGUGGAAAAUUUGUCAGCGAUGCAUGUGAAACCACGAGACAUUGUGGAUGUCGGUUGCGAACAAGUUGUGGGCUUCCAUGUGCACACGAGCAGGUAACAUAUUUUAACUGUGGUAAGCCCAUCGCACUUGAUUCGAUUGAUAUAUUUUGGAGGAAGCUCGACUUAUCAUCUUCCAUCUCUCUAACCAAUGAGGAUUUUGGUGUUGAGCAUGAGCUUCAUAUGUUUAAGGAUCAGUUCAAGAAACAAUCAAGAACUGGUAAAUUCAGCAUAUUGAGAAAGUUGAGGGAGUUGAUCGCGCCAUCUACAACAUCAAUCCGUGAGCCAGCCGUGCAAUUAAAUGUUCGUGGGCGUCCCAGUUCAAAAAACAAAUCUCUCAUAAGAACUCUAUCUCUCAGAAAAUCUCAAGCCGAACCAAAUAAUAUUCAGUUUCAAGAACCAGCUCGGAAUAGUUGUUCAACUGCAUCAAAUUCAGGUAAUAGACAUUUUUACCAUCCAUAUAUUCUUCAACUCCCGGUUAUAUUCCAUCCUUUCAUCAUGCAAGUGCAAGAUGUGAGAUCUGACGGAAACUGUGGAUUUCGAGCAGUAGCUCUAUGUCUUGGUUUUAAGGAGGACGAAUGGUUCAAAAUUCGAUCCAAUUUAAUCGAAGAACUAGAGUCUCACAAGAUGGAAUAUACCAAUAUGUUUGGAACUCAAGGAUGGUAUAAUGUCUAUAACAUGUUGAAUUUUUUUGCACAAGAUCGGUGUGCACCAGUUGAGCACUGGAUGACUAUGCCGGAGAUGGGUGUACUAAUUGCUUCCCGAUACAAUGUGAUACUGCAUGUUUUGAGUAUGGCCGGCAGUACAACAUAUUUACCACUCCGAUCUAGCCCCCCACCUUGGUACGAGCAUGUAGCAAUAGCCCUUGGUUAUGUUAAUAACAACCAUUAUGUUAAGGUAACAUUGACAGGAGGGUACCCAAUGCCUACUAUUGUUCCACAAUGGGCUUAUUUUAGAUAUGAUUGUGCAAAUGCAUGGAUUGCUCCAUAUAUGAAUCGGAUUGAAAGUUACAAUGAGCAUGUACGCUCUAAUUGUACUCGGGAAAAUGUUAUAUUAGAUUGAAAUUGAAUGAAUUUGUUUUUUAGUUUUUU